UGACUGGCGGUUUCAUUUUGUAUUGAUUUUUAAAGGGGAAGCCGAUAUGGCUACCUCAUCCAGUAAAGUUGCGGCUGACCGUCUCAAAGAUGUCAAACAGUGUGUUACGAUAGAAAUCUUCAAUGCUGCUUUGGGGAAGAAAUUGGUAAACUUGGGAGCAGGUUUUCAAGAUUUUUUACUUCCAGAUUUCCUUACUAAAGCCUUGGUUGAUGCUGUGACAGACAAAAAUCCUUUUUUGCAACAGUACAGUCGAACAUUGGGUCACCCACGGUUGGUAAAUGCUCUAAGCAAAUUCUAUUCAAAGCAAUUGGGUCGCGAGCUUCACCCAAUGAAAGAGAUUUUAGUUACUGCAGGUGGUCGUGAAGCGUUAUUUUCUUCUAUCAUUUCACUGGUAAACCCGGGUGAUGAGGUCAUUAUCAUGGAACCAUUUUAUCCAGACUAUCAAUAUUUGGUAAAAAUUGCUAACGGUGUUCCAGUGUUUAUUACACUUAAACCAAAGAAAUUAGAAGGCACUUUGUCAAGUGCAGAUUGGAUACUGGAUCCUAAUGAACUUGCUUCCAAGUUUACAGACAAAACUAAAAUUAUUAUUGUUAACACCCCUCACAACCCUCUCGGGAAGGUCUUCACACGCUCAGAGCUGCAGAUGAUAUCAGAACUUUGCAAGAAACACAAUGUCAUCUGUCUAAUGGACGAAGUUUAUGAACACAUUGUAUUCUCAGGUUCUGAGCAUGUUCGAAUGGCCACCCUUCCAGGAAUGUGGGAGCGAACCAUCACUAUUGGAAGUGCUUCGAAAACGUUUGGAGCUACUGGAUGGAGGCUAGGCUGGGCCUAUGGACCACAGGAGCUUUUACAGUCAGUCCAACAAACUCAUAUUUGCUGUGUUGGCGGUUGCUGCACGCCCAUUCAGGAGGCUGUGGCAGUUGGGUUUGAAAUUGAAAUGGAACGUAUGGGAACAUCAUGCAGCUUCUGGAAAGGCCUAGUGGAAUCUUUAGAAUCAAAGCGAAAUCGUUUGGCUCAGUUAUUGACUUCCAUAGGAGUUACACCAACUGUUCCUCAAGGAUCUUACUUUAUGAUUGUUGAUUUCUCAAACCUAAUCCUAAAGCUAAAUUUCGAUGGAAUUCAAGAAUCAAAGGACUAUAAGUUGGUGAAAUGGUUAGCGAGUGAAAAGAAACUUCAAGGUCUACCAUUCAGUGCGUAUUUUAGCGAAGAACAUGAAGCUUUGGGAGGAAACUUUAUCAGAUUCUGUUUUAUCAAGGAUGAGAAUACAUUAGAGAAAGCUACCCAGAUAAUUCUUGACUUGAAGAAAUAUCUCACUUCUUGAAACUUUAUGUAUGCAACUUUUUUAGCAAGGAUUCUGAAGACUGGUAAUUUUACCAUGAAGUCAUUUAGUAGUAAUUUUAAUUUUCUCCCCUAAUUCUAAUACAUUUGA